CAACUGCCUUAACCUCCCUCUCUCUUAUCUUCUUCUUCUUCACCUCAAUUUCCAUGACCGACGACCACCCCAUUCUCUCAUGGCGCCCCAUCCCAUCCCUAACCCUAACCUCCUCCUCCUCCUCACACUCUCUCUCCCUUGACCACGACCCCCUCUGGAAGACCUCGCACCUCUCCUACGCCGUCUCCACCUCCCCCGGCGCCGGCAUUCGCUGCAAUUUCGCAUGCCUCUCCGUCGCCGAGAAGCGCGACCAGCACAAGGAGUUCGCGCCGUCGCCCGCUCAGCUUCUGAAGCACCCGCUCGCCAUACUCGCCUGCGUCCCCAAGGAUUUGGCGCUCUUCUGCGCCGGAGCUGUUGCCGGCGCCGUCGCCAAGUCGGUCACGGCGCCGCUCGACCGUAUCAAGAUUCUUAUGCAGACUCAUGGCGUGCGAGUUGGCCAAGCAAGUGCUAAGAAGGCUAUUAGUUUUGUUGAGGCCAUAACUCUGAUAGGAAAAGAAGAAGGACUCAAAGGGUACUGGAAAGGCAACCUUCCACAGGUGAUACGGAUUAUCCCUUACAGUGCUGUUCAACUUUUUGCUUAUGAAGCUUACAAGAAAUUCUUUACUGGAAAAGAUGGUGAGCUCUCUCUUCUUGGAAGACUAGCAGCAGGGGCUUGUGCAGGGAUGACAUCCACUUUUGUAACAUAUCCGUUAGAUGUUCUGAGGUUACGGUUAGCAGUUGAACCGGGGUACCGAACUAUGACUGAGAUUGCCUUAACCAUGCUAAGGGAGGAAGGAUUUGCAUCGUUCUAUUAUGGUCUUGGACCUUCUCUUAUUGGAAUAGCUCCAUAUAUUGCUGUCAAUUUCUGCGUUUUUGACUUGGUGAAAAAGUCUUUACCAGAGGAAUUUCAAAAGAGAACUGAAGCAUCUCUGCUAACGGGUCUUGUCUCAGCUUCACUUGCCACACUCACGUGCUAUCCUUUGGACACUGUGAGAAGACAGAUGCAGAUGAGGGGCACUCCUUACAAGACGAUUUUCGAUGCAAUUCCAGGUAUCGUGGCUCGUGAUGGACUCAUAGGCCUGUAUAGGGGCUUCUUGCCUAAUGCUUUGAAAACUCUACCAAACAGCAGCAUUAGGCUUACUACUUACGACAUGGUCAAACGUCUGAUUGUGACCAGUCAGAAGGAGUUUCAGCGAAUUGUGGAUGAAAAUAGCAGUAAACAACAGCAGAAGGCUGGCUGAACAAUUCUGCAUUUUUGUUGGCCCCCACUAUAUUGAACUAAACUACACCAGCACACUAGGCGUAUCUUUCACAAAUUUUUGUUGUCGAUUUAUCUGUUCCCAAAAACUCAUCCUUAUAUCGGUGAAAGACUGAAAAUGCUUUCAUAAUAGCUAGAAUGUAGAUUUCCGGAGUGAAUCCUAAGGCUGUGUUUUGUAGGACAGGCCUUAGUCAUUAGUGCUAGUUAGGUUGCCAGAUAAUUUGCGGAAGUUGUGUUUCCACUGCGCUAUGCAGUCGUGGUUUGUCAUUUGUAGAUGUUAUUGAAUUUGCUAGGCAUUGAUUUACCUGGCCUCUUUCGUUGUAAUACAACUCAUUUUCAGUAAUGGAAGCUGUU